GGAAAGUUUAUUUAGAAUUUCAACUACUACGCUUAAUUCACUGGUAUAAUGGACGUAUCUAGCUUCUUGAAAACGUUCAAGAAAAAGGCUACUCAAAGAUCAGAAAAUUCUGCAGGUGGCCCCACACGAUCGUUGCCACUUACUCAUGGACGUGAGGAAUCAGAGGGCUCUUCGUACUCCAAUGAUGCUGAGAGUGGAGCAGAGUCUAACCCUGACGACGGCGACCCUUUAGAGAAACCUCAUUUUUCCAUCGCGAUGCGACAAACCAUGCGAUAUCAGCGACAGGGUCUCAAGAAGAACCAAAAUUAUGACUUAGAGCCUCUGAAGGUUAUCUCAGACCAUGAGGGUUCGAAUACCUCCGCAAAUGGUAUUUAUAGCCGAAGGUUCGACUUCGCCAGGGCGGUUCAGAAACGACCUGGGAAGCCUCAUCCAAGAGAUGAAUCCGCUGAUGCUUACUGGAAGGAUCUUCUGCAAGAGCGGCAAAAGCUAAAGCGCCUAUCUGAAAUCGACGUCUCAACUGCGGUGGAGCCAUCAGCCUGUAAUGAAGAAAAAAAAGCAUCAUUAGAGGAUAGACUAGUUUCAGUCGAAAAAUUGUUGUCAUCUUCGGAAAACAAUCCUAGCACGUCUAUAAAGUCAGGGGAUAUUAUGGAUAUCCUUGCAUUUUUACCUCCAACUAAUAAUAGUACUCAGGGUAUUGGUAAAACUUAUUCGAAUGGCGAACUUCCGGAAGCGAUGUUGAAUGAGAAAGUGCACAACACUUCUUCAACCGACGAGACCGUCAAUUCCACACCAAAUACACAUGAAAACCCAUUGUCGGACCAACAGCCCACGAUAUCAGAAAAGAAAAGAAGCAUGUUUCAGAGAGCAAAGGCUCUUAGCAAAAAGAUAUAAAUCAAAGUCUUGACCCCUGAUACUAGUAUGAAUCUAGCAUCGAUUUAACCAUAAAGGUGGCCGGAUUUCUCGAACCUCCUUCAUAUCUAUUCAAUUAAAUACUGUCGAAACGAGUUUCAAACCGAGAACUAAA